GAAAGAACAUCCUGCCGUAUUUAAAGAAGAAAGGACAGUGUUGCUCACUUACCGAAAAUCCUUCUGGCUACUGCAGUCACCCUGAAUUUCCUUGUUGCAAGGGCUGAUGGAAUCUCAUCUCUCCAAGUUACUAAAGAGCCAGAGUUUUAAAACCAGCCCGGCCAAAGGAGCAGUGACGCCCAUUCUUUCAGAUGAGAGAAAUUGUUCCAUGUUUUCUGCAAGUGUGAUGCAAAGGAAAACCCAUCUCAUUCAAGGCUGAUCUUGUCCUUCGGUAUCAUUCAAUUUACAGGAUCUGAUAUGUCACCCUUUCUCCGGAUUGGUUUAUCAAACUAUGACAGUGGCCCCUACCUGCCAUCGCAAGGGGAGGUGAUUAACCCUUACUGUGCCGUGAUGGUCAAAGAAGCAGUGGAGUCAGAGAAUGGCCAAGUGUACGUCCAAAAGAAGCCCACCAUGUACCCACCUUGGAACAGCACUUUCGAUGCCCACAUCAACAACGGGAGAGUCAUGCACAUUGUUGUGAAGGACAAAAGUGCAGAAAUGGUUUCAGAAACCACCGUAGAACUCAAGUUGCUGGCAGACAGGUGCAAGAAGAGCAACGGGAAGACCGAAAUAUGGCUAGAACUAAAACCUCAAGGGAGAAUGCUAAUGAAUGCAAGAUACUUCCUGGAAAUAAGUGAUGCCAAAGAGCUAGCUGACUGCGAGACGGAAGGGUUUUUCUCUCUGCAUCAGCGGAGGGGGGCUAUCAAGCAAGCCAAAAUUCACAACGUCAAGUGUCACGAGUUCACUGCCACCUUCUUCCCGCAGCCUACGUUCUGCUCCGUCUGCCAUGAGUUUGUCUGGGGUCUUAACAAGCAAGGCUAUCAAUGCAGGCAGUGCAACGCUGCCAUCCAUAAGAAGUGCAUUGAUAAAGUCAUAGCAAAGUGCACAGGGUCAGCAAUCAAUAGCAGAGAAACGAUGUUCCACAAGGAGCGAUUCAAGAUAGAUAUGCCUCACCGGUUUAAAGUCUACAACUACAAGAGCCCAACGUUUUGCGAGCACUGUGGCACGCUGCUCUGGGGCCUGGCACGACAGGGCUUGAAGUGUGACGCAUGUGGCAUGAACGUCCAUCACAAGUGCCAGACAAAAGUGGCCAACCUUUGUGGAGUUAACCAGAAACUAAUGGCUGAAGCCCUGGCAAUGAUAGAGAGCACCCAACAGGCUCGCUGCCUGCGGGACUCCGAACACAUCUGGAGAGAAGGACCUAUUGAAAUCGGCCUUCCAGUUCCCAUGAAAGAAGUAACAGCGCUUCAGUCUGUGCCAGCAUCUUCCGCAGGGAAGAAAGAGCCACAAGGGAUCUCCUGGGAAUCGCCUGUGGAGGAAACGACCAGACCCCGGUCUCUCAUAGAGUCAGAACCUGAGAAAGAGCAGCCGUGUGUGCAUCUGAAGCUAACGAUCGAUGAUUUUGUCUUGCACAAAAUGCUGGGGAAGGGCAGCUUCGGCAAGGUCUUCCUUGCCGAGUUAAAGAACACUGAUCAGUUUUUUGCCGUGAAAGCUCUGAAAAAGGACGUGGUCUUGAUGGACGAUGAUGUGGAGUGCACCAUGGUGGAAAAGAGAGUCCUCUCCUUAGCUUGGGACCACCCGUUCCUAACCCACGUGUUUUGUACAUUCCAAACCAAGGAAAACCUCUUCUUUGUAAUGGAGUACCUGAACGGAGGAGACCUCAUGUUCCACAUCCAAAGCUGUCACAAGUUUGACCUCCCAAGAGCAACGUUCUAUGCUGCUGAAAUCAUAUGUGGCCUACAGUUUCUUCAUUCCAAGGGAAUAAUAUACAGAGACCUGAAGCUGGAUAAUGUUCUCUUGGACAAGGAAGGACACAUCAAAAUUGCUGACUUCGGGAUGUGUAAAGAGAACAUGUUUGGAGACUCCAAGACGAGCACUUUUUGUGGAACCCCUGAUUAUAUUGCACCCGAGAUUUUGCUCGGGCAGAAAUACAACAAUUCUGCUGACUGGUGGUCCUUCGGCGUCCUUCUUUACGAGAUGUUGAUUGGUCAGUCUCCUUUUCACGGCCAAGAUGAAGAGGAGCUUUUCCAGUCCAUCCGCAUGGAUAAUCCAUACUACCCUCGCUGGCUCGACAAGAACGCAAAAGACAUUUUAGUAAAGCUUUUUGUGAGAGAACCUGAGAGGAGAUUGGGGACGAAGGGGAACAUCCGUCAGCAUGCUUUCUUCCAGGAGAUAAACUGGGAAGCUCUAGAAGACAGAGCGAUGGAGCCACCUUUCAAACCCAGAGUGAAAUCACCCAGUGACUGUAGCAACUUCGACAAGGAAUUUCUGAACGAAAAGCCUAGACUGUCGUGUGCCGACAGAGCACUGAUUAACAGCAUGGACCAAAAUAUGUUCAGCAACUUCUCAUUUGUGAACCCUAAAAUGGAGAGGAUACUUUCCUGAGGUUUGCUUCACCCAGCACUUUCCUCGUUAAAGGAAUUCUGUGAGCUGGUUCGAGCAACACUUUUGUCAACUGAGAACAUGACUGAUUUGAUCAAGAACCAGGAGAGAAAAGCCCACCGGUGACAGCUGAGACAGCAUUUGUCGGUGUUCACUUGCUUCUAUGACUGUAGCACAUGCCAGCCAAAUUUCACUAAUGACCAUGUCUCUUGUGAGCUAUCUUGGUCCCUCUCUCUCUCUCUCUCUCUCUCUCUUUUCUCAAUAUUCAUGAAUUUGAGGGCAUUAGAAAAAGAGUAGGUAGCCGAUCCUGCUCCCUUUACUGAUGCAUGUAGCCAGCAAAAUUCCCCAUGCAAGGCGAGCACAUUUCAGCCCUUGCUGUACUGUUCAAAUUUGCCACUUUGGUGCCCAGUCCAGCAGUUCAUAUUCAGGCAAAACUCUCAGCGAGAGGGUUGUGAGCAGCAGGACUGAGAUAUCUCAGCAAACUACCGUUUCAACUGGGCUCCUUUGCAGAUUCCGCGUGCGCACGUGCAAAGAUGUACGCACGCAUCCACGCACUUUUGUAAUGAGAAAAUACCUGCCCACACACUUUGAACCAGAAAAUGUGCCCGAGUGCAAACAUUAAUAUUUGUAUAUACAAAAACAACCCUUUGGGACAGGAAAGCUUUGCAGGGGCAGACUCCAACACUUGUAUCCAAAUACAUCUUAGACUUCAAAUCUAAAUCUUAAAAACUUCUGUUGUAGCAUGUGCCGUGUUCAGUGUAAAAUGUGGCCUGUUUCCUCUGGGGUGAGACUUUUCAUUUUACAAUACAGUCAGGGAUAGCAAGGAAAUCUUUUCCUUGGAGGUUUUUAAGACCCAGCUACACAAAGCCUUGGCUGGGAUGAUCUAGUUGGGGGAUGUCCCUUGCUUUGAGCAGGAGGUUGGACUAAAUGUGACCUCCUGAGAUCCCUUCCCUCCCUCAUUUUCUAUAAUAAUCUUCCUGAACGGUGAUUUACAGAUUACAAGAUUGAGCCUCUGCUCACUGCACAGUAGUUACUUACUUGAAGGAAAGUGUUCAGUACUUUCAAAAACUGCACCAAAUUUAUACAGCUGUAAAUUAUGUCCCUGCUCUUUGAUAUUCAGCACAGCUCUCAAUCCAGGUACAAAACUGCACACCACAUCUCAAGAUGAGCCUCUACCUUGUACAAUACAGCACAUUAUUGUCUCCCCAGUGGCAACAACAAGUUGCUGACCUAUUUUAUUCUAUUUCUGUGUUUGUCAAAAUGUAGCUGGGCAAAAAAAAAAAAGCACAUCUUCACGGUAAUGAGAUUUUAGCGGGAAUCCUUUAGAAAAAAAACAAACCCAUUUAUUCUGUCUUCUAAGAUUUGCAAAACCAUUUGUCCUAUUUAAUCACUUGCUGUUCAAGAGAUAGAAAUGGAAAGUUAGGAAGAUCUAAUGCCACUAAGUUACUGCUUUUCACUGACAGUCUAAUGGAAAUAUUUAGUCUGGUUAUCAUGUCAAAGCAGAAACAAGGAGCCACAUACUCUGCUAUGUGUAGUUCUGUUGACUUUGAUGGAGCUACAUUCGUUUAUGCCAACUGAAGCUCUUGCUCUGUAUUUAGCGUUUUGAAGGACAGGGUAAUCUUAGUGACUCAUUCCAUUUGAAAUUUAGACUUUCUAUACGUGGAACUACUUUCUGGGUAUCAUUAGUAGUGAUUAUGGUCCUUGCAAUGUGUAAAAUAGGUACUCAGAUAGCACAGGAAUGAACAGCAGCAUACAAGUCUGAGAUAGAAAAGAAAAGCAUCCUGUUGUUAAAAAAAAAAAAAUAUGCCAGUAAUGUUAGUGUAAUGGCUCUUGAGAAGUCGUCGUCUGUGCUGUAUGAAAUGUAGGAGAAAUUUGUGCGUACCUUUUUGCAGCUGGUCGUCAUGUUUAAUUAGGAGUGUUAACAUGAAUUUUUAAAAUGUCAGUGGUGUUUGUACAGUUUAAUAAAAUGUUGUGUAUGACUGGA